CGCUGGAUCGCAGACUCCAUCAGUCAGUCGCUUCACUCGCAGAUCUUCGCCGGCACAUCGAUCGGAGACAUUUUGCUGGCCGAGAACUAGAACUUUUGAGCAAUGGCGGCAGGAUUGCAGGUGUUCGGGCAGCCGGCAUCGACCGACGUUGCCAGGGUGCUGACCUGCCUCUUCGAGAAGGACCUCGAGUUCGAGCUCGUCCGCAUCGAUACCUUCAAGAAGGAGCGCAAGCUCCCCGAGUUCAUCAAGCUUCGGGAUCCUACUGGACAGGUGACUUUAAAGCAUGGUGACAAAACUCAAGUUGAUUCAAGGGCUAUAUGCCGAUACCUGUGCACCCAGUUCCCGGAAGACGGCAACCGCGCGAUCUACGGCACUGGAUCACUGGAGCGCGCAUCCAUUGAACAAUGGCUCCAAGCGGAAGCUCAGAGCUUUGACGGCCCGAGCUCCCAGCUUGUCUUCCACCUAGCGUUCGCGCCGCAGCUGAAUUUGAUCCCCGACGAGGUCCACAUCACUGAGAACGAGAGGAAGCUGCAGCAGAUGCUCUGUGUUUAUGAUGAGAUCCUGGCCAAGAACCAGUACCUCGCCGGCGACGAGUUCACCCUCGCCGACCUGUCCCACUUGCCAAGCUCCCACUACAUCACCAGCACCCAGAGGGGCAGGAAGCUCUUCACCUCCAAGAAGCACGUUGCCAGGUGGUACGACGCCAUCUCCAGCCGCCCGUCGUGGCAGCAGGUGAUCAAGAUGCAGAGCGAGCACCCCGGCACGUUCGAGUGAUCGAGCUAUGUGGCGAGCUCGCCGAGCUGAGUCAUCUGUGAUCGACAACCUGAUUCUUCGUUGGGCUUCACACCGUGAUAUGUCUUCGUCAAGGUCCCUCUCGUCUACGUUCGUCGUUCGUUGUCGUGCCGGCUAAAAUAAUGUGAAGCCCUAAAGCGGUGUCUCUUAAUGUCUUCAAUUUUGCAACACCAUUGUCCUUCCGUGGGUUGUAACGCUCAGUUGCUUUCAGUUCAACAAAUAAAAUGUUCAUGGUCGAUCUUUAUUAUCCGUUUCA